GUUUUCAAGAAGCGGGUAUAUGAAAGUCCGAAAAUGUCAAGUCUCAGCUCACGAAGUUCUCGCCGGAGGAAUGCAACAAACGAUGAACAGUUGUCAGGUGACCUGUUAAGUGCUGGGACUACGUUUGAACGAACUGGGGAAUCAAGUCGUACACGUGGGAGAACACGGCGUAAUCGGUCAGGACACACCGAGCCUACAAGCAAUGCAGAACCCACAUCCGGUCUUCGUACAUCCGAAGUGGAGCCGGGUAGUCCUUUAUCAUACAGCGAUAUGUCUAGUGUGGCGACUGGGGUCGAAGAUGUUUUGAGUUCAGUUCGACCUGGCGUCAAUGAUGAAUUGGCUGUUCGUGCUGUUUUGUCUCAAUCUGGACCUCUUGUUCCCGCAACAGGUGUCCCUGGUACUACUGAUGGGUCGACUGCUAGUGGACCUCAGACUGUAAUAUGGGGUACCGAUGUAAACAUUGCUCAAGUGAUGUCAAGAUUUAAACACUUCCUAUUGACCUACAUCCCUCCAGACUUAACCGGUCAACCGAAUCUAACAACGGGUCAACCCAUAAAUCCACAAAGACCUCUUUAUAUCCAACGAAUGGAAGAUCUUGCAAUAUCAGGUUCGACUGCCUUAGACAUUGACUGUGAACAUCUUCGUUCUGCCAGGCCAGAUUUGUAUACGCAAUUGGUAACAUUUCCGAAGGAAGUUAUUCCAGCAUGUGAUGCUGCUACACACGCCUUAUUUUUAGACCGUUUCCGUGAAGUCCAGUUGGAAAGAUCAAUACAGAUUCGUCCAUUCAAUUGUGCAAGGUCUCGAGAUCUACGCAGUCUUGAUCCAGAUGAUCUUGAUCAACUUGUAACUGUCUCUGGUCUUGUAAUACGUUUAUCCCCGCUCAUCCCUGAAAUGAUGCGUGCAGAGUUCAAAUGUGCCAUCUGUGGUGCAAUGACAUCUGUUCCAUGUGAACGUGGUCGUAUUGCAGAACCAGAAGCGUGCAUACGUUGUCAUUCGGCUCAUACAGCUCAACUACAACAUAAUCGAUGUUUAUUUGUGGAUAAACAAAUGAUUAAAUUACAGGAAUCUCCAGAAAAUAUGCCUGCUAGCCAGACUCCUCAUACAGUACUUAUGUAUGCUCACGAAGAACUUGUUGAUAAAAUUCAACCGGGUGAUCGUGUUAUCGUUACGGGUAUUUAUCGUGCAAUACCACUACGAAUGUCUAACCGACAACGUACUCUUAAAGCGGUUUACAAAACAUAUAUAGAUGUUCUUCAUUUUCUCCGAGAAGGCGAUGAUCGAGUUCAAAAUGAUGGGCUCGCUACUGACGAAAAUACUUCUAUUGAGGAAGCACAUAUUUUACGCCAAUUCACGGAGGAACGUAUUGAAGAAUUUCAUACAUUGGCUCGUAAACCUGAUUUAUAUGAACGACUUGCUGCUGGUAUCGCACCAACAAUUUAUGAAAACGAAGAUAUUAAAAAGGGUAUUCUCCUACAAUUAUUUGGUGGUACACGUAAAGACUUCAGUGCUAAAGGACGUGGUGAUUUUCGUUCUGAAAUCAAUAUACUUUUAUGUGGUGACCCAGGUACUUCAAAAUCUCAACUUCUGCAGUAUGUAUACCGUCUUACUCCUCGUGGCCAAUAUACUUCUGGCAAGGGAAGUUCUGCUGUUGGUUUAACGGCCUACAUUACAAAAGAUGCAGAAACGCGUCAAUUAACACUGCAAACUGGAGCAUUAGUGUUGGCUGAUAAUGGGAUAUGUUGUAUCGACGAAUUCGACAAAAUGUCCGACUCAACUCGUUCUGUACUACACGAAGUAAUGGAACAACAAACUCUAAGUAUUGCUAAAGCUGGUAUUCUUUGUCAACUUCAUGCUAGGACUUCAAUUUUAGCAGCUGCUAAUCCAAUCGGUUCUAAAUGGGAUCCUAGCAAAACGAUUAUUGACAAUAUACAGUUACCUCAUACUCUUCUAUCAAGAUUCGAUCUCAUUUUUCUUAUAUUGGAUCCACAAGAUGAAGUUUAUGAUACAAGAUUAGCCAGACAUUUGGUUGGGUUGUAUUAUCGUGGUACUACUCCAAGUCAGAUUGAUAGCAGUCAGGAUAUUCCAACCAACAGUAAUAAUAAUACUCGAGGUACACGUAGACCGCGUCCAGGAGCUGUUCUACUGGACAUGGAUAGUCAAACUGAUGAUGAUCCAUCAUUUGUAAACGGGAAACUCUUGAAGGAUUAUAUAGCCUAUGCUAAGGUAUUCAUUGUUGUACCACUUACAAAUGUUAAUCCUUAAGGUAGACACAGUCAACUUUCAGUGAAAUUUACCCGAAACAUUUAAACAGAGAGGCCUUGUAGUAUGAAUAAUAAUGAGUUCAAAUAGAAAAUCUGUUUUAAUAAUUCUAUGCUUACCUUAACAAUUAAGUAUAUCCUAUGUUUCUAAAAGAUAUGUUUAUUGAAUACCUUACAAGGUUUUUUUUAUCAAUUGAAAUCGUUUGUACUCAUUUCAUACUUUAAGAGCAUCAGUCACUGAAUAAUAACUAAUACAAUACUGUGUUUAUCUAAAAUUACUACUAUGCACCAUUGGUUUGAAAUCAGAGUUUUCCAACUCCCCUAGGUUGGCCCUCCAUAUCCACCAAACCGGUUAAAGCACCAAACAUUCGCUUUUCGUCCUCUCAGUUUCGUGGACAACACCCCCGCUACGAGAAAGCGGUGAGUAGGACUUCCUUAUCAAUGUGUGUAUAUGCGUGGCCAUUUGAGAGCAUUUUGAGAGGUAGAGUUGACUUUCCCAACCCUCGGUUGUGCCAGGGUAUUUGGGGGUUGGUGAUUUCAAAAUAUAUUUUACUUAAAUUAUUGUCUCGCGUAAUACAAAUAGAGUAUUCCCUCUUCAAUAGGUUUGCAAAUAUAUACUCCUACUAACUGAUAAUCGAUUGUAAUCAUAUGUCUUUUUUAUUUGGACGAUGCAUUUGACUUUGCUAAUCGGGAAUUCUUUUCAAUCAGUGAAAGGUAUAUUAAUAAAUCGCAUGAAUAUGUUGAAAUUCCUUUACUUGAGCACUUGAUCGCAUCAUAUUUUAUGGCAAACUGUUUUAUCCAUAUUAUGUUUUGUGGCCGUUUAAUUCUGCUGUUAAUAUAUGUGCUUCUUAUACGUGAGUUUAAUGAACUGCUUGAGUGAAAAAACCAGGGGUAAGUAGAAAGAUUCUGUUAGUUAACCGAAUCGAGAAUAUAUAUCCACAACACAUUCUUAAACGUAGAUGUAUGUCCUUCAGAUAACGAAGCCAAAUCUUAACCAGUAGGGUUUGCGCCUGUCAGCAUCUCAUGAUCACUUGCUGUAUGUACGAUUAGCCCAGCGUGUCAAUCUAUUUUUUCCCUAGGCAUUCUUCUAGAAUUAAUAAGCAUUCACAUUAAGUCCUUCAUCAGAACCGUAAAAUGUUCAAUAACAAAUGAAGGCAGAUUUUCUUAGUAAUCUCUAGUAACAAUAAUAACCAAUAAAAUGAUAUUUCCACCUUAAUUUAUGUUUAAGAUGAAGUACUUUCCCAAACUAACGGAAGAAGCCGGUGAAUAUUUAGUUCGUGAGUAUGUAGAAAUGCGAAAACUGGGUUCAGGUCGUGGACAGGUAACUUAAUGAUUAAUUUAUUGCAUCACCACUUUUUCAUGUCAUCAGUGUUGUAUCAGUUAACUUAUAUACUUUUAAAGACUACAAUACAAAAUAAUUUUUUAUCACAGGUCCUCUAAAUAUUGAUUCUUAUUAUCGGCCGUUUUGACGGUUGCUGAAUUUCAUAGUUCACAUCAUGGACUGAUCUUACUUAAACAACCACUAGAAAACAGGACGCAUUCGAAAGCUGUUUUGUCUUAGUGUGGGGCUCCUUAGAAAUGUAAAUCCACCAUUUUACUGGGGAUCUGACCCAGAUCUCGAGGUUAGUACUGCUGAAAAGUCCCAUGUUUGGACUGGUUUUCAGUAGUUGUCUGACUAUGAUUAGUUCGUAGUGUAAACUAAAAAUAUCGAUUUUCCACUUGUUUUAACAGUUAGUUACAGCUUUUGUUGUUACGAGAGAUGCAAAAAACUAGGAGAACAUGUUAGGAUCAAUACUACUCCUUGGCUUCGUUUUAACUUGGAAUUAUUCUUAAAAAUCAUCACAUGUUCAGGUCGUAUAGCCCCGUUCAUCAAAGGCUAUUUCAAAGUUUGGAUUUUUAAUCCUCCUACAUUGGUUGGAGUUCUUGUUCCUUGAAGUUCUGUUAUUCCGAACAGGUCAACGGGAUGACAGUGAAACCAAAGUAACAGAUAUACAGUCCGCUGUACUUGUACUGCCAACGGUACUUGGGUUUAAUAGCAGUAUGAUGUUUCGUGCGGACAAUAAACGUGUCCAUCCAUGAUAUCUUUUCACAAAUGAAAGUGGGGUUAAAAUCUGAACUAUAAGACUAAAACACUUCACCUUACCCCACAAAUUUCCGUCACCUGAGGUAGGAUCUGAAAAGUAGGAAGCUAAUACAUUUACAACUUCUCACAAAGGCCAGUGGAUUACCAGCCUAAAGCCUCUGGAUUCAUGUUCUUAGUUUAUCAAGAUCACCCUUUACCCAGUUUUCUUUCCAGAUAGCUCUAGAAGAAAUAUCCUUCUACUAUUCAGACAACUGUCAAAUGACAUUCACUUACAUACCUUUAAAAAAAUCCAAGCUCAUUCUAUUCAUGUUUUAAAAAUAGGUCUAUAGAAUUUAAUACUCAGAACUCAAUUUCAACCAGUGUUUGUUGGUGGCAUAUGUGUAUGCUGUUCUGAUAGCUUCUAUAUAACCAUUUUAUCACAGUUUUUAUAGAAUAAGUAGAUUGUGGCUAGCAGUUAAAUCUAAGACGCACGUUUCAUCUUACUUGGAUCUCGUCAUUUGGAUGUGCCUACAUCCUACUGUUGAUGCUAAUAUACUGACUCGAACCCCUACAAAUAAAUACCAUAUCCUUUAAAUAGGUUAGUUGGAUUAUGAACCCAGUAACUCAAUAGAUAAUGAGUUAGUGUUUAAAUCAGAUGGCAUUAAGUUCGUUUUCGGGAGUGCAGUGAUACUGGGAUGCAGGCAUAUUCAGCUGACGAAUGCCAAAAUAAAAUGAAAUGUACAUCCCGCAUUCCAUUUUUAGCUAUAAUCAGUUUAUCGUUUAAAUGUUUAGAGUUGUUUUAGAAACAGAUUACCAGCGUUUUAAAGGCUGUAAGUUAUUCAAAUUUACAAUAUUUAUCCAAAAAUAUUGAAACAGUUUGAUGAAUUCUACUCACACUUACACCUUUCAGCCCUCAUGUAGAAGCAUAGCCGCCCACCAGGUGUUUUUGUGACUUGGAUCGCCUGAUCUACUAAGGGGGAUGGGACAGUGCAUGACGUUAUUUUUAUGUGUGACAAGUCUUCUUAUUGAACACUUGAAUCGGUUUCCUAAGCUCUUUAAUAACCCAAGGCUAAAUUUACACGAGAAAAACGGCGCGUAAUGUGAAGAAGGUCUUUACUCCAAGGUUAGGCUAUGUACAGAAAACCGAGAGUACUUAUGGUAUUUCAGAUGGCCUUAGGCUUCUGAAACCAUACUAAACAUAGUAGCAGGACAGAUCACCAUCCAAUUAGAAAUGUGACUCGCGAACCUUCACUUUCUGUAUGUGUCCGAGAAACUUCUGUUCAACGAUGAUUAGAUAAAAUGUUUCCCGGGAUUUCCGGGGCCGUUCUGGACUUUUUCGAGGAAUACUUGGUAUCUCUCCAACAGUGUGCAAAGUUCAAAGAUAGUUGUGUGCUAUAUGCAUACAAUCUACCCCGUUAUUGUUCCUAACUUGACUUCCAGUCUAAUACAAAAAUUAUAAUUUCAUAUAACGUACUUCAUACCUAAUAAGACGAACACAAGUUUUAAUAUCACUAUGUAAUAAACUUUGCUAUUCUCACCAUUAGUCUAUCUAGUUUAACUUAUAAGGUAUACAUAAGACUUCCUUAUGUUGUAUUAUUACAUUUCUAUUCUAUUUCAUUCUCAGAAUGUAUUACAAAAUUGAAAUGAAUUUGUUUUGUUUUCUUAUUCUCAUCUAUUCUUGUAAUUAACUCUUAUAAUUUUCAUAUUUAUUAUUAUUAAUACCAACCUUAUAAGAUAUCCGCAUAUCCUCGUCAACUUGAAUCACUUGUACGUUUAGCUGAAGCUCAUGCUCGUUUACGAUUAUCAAAUCAUGUUACGGCUGAUGAUUGUCGUGAAGCUCGACGUUUACAACGUGAAGCGUUAAAACAAGCAGCUAUUGAUCCGCUUACUGGUACUAUCGAUAUCAAUAUUUUAACAACAGGUAUCAGUAGUAGUGUACGUAAACGACGUGAAGAAAUGGCAAUGGCAAUAUGGUCACUUCUUGAAGAACGUCCUCGUGUAUUAACUUUUGUUUAUUCACGUGUACUAGAAGAUUUACGUGCACGUUCUGAACGUAUGAUUACACGUGAAAAUUUUGAAGAUGGAUUAAAUUUCUUAAAAAAUACAAAUAAAAUUGAUUGGGCGGGAAAUACUAUACGUAAACGUUAGAAAAACAACAACUUUUAAUUAUCUUUUUUUGUAUGCAAUUGUUUUCUAUUCGAAAAAAACUACAACAACAAAAAGAACAAAAACUUUUACAGUGCAGAUUUUCGUAUUUUUUGUAUUUUUGUUUGUCUGCUUAAAUAAAGUGUUUAUUACCUUAGAU